GAUUCUUUUCAACCUUUUCACACUCUCUUCUUUCUCAUCUCCUUUUCCUCCUUAAUUCAUCACUCUACUCUCUCCCAUUCUAUCUCUCUCUCACUCACUCAACAAACCCAUUUCCACUUUUAGAAACACAAGAGAGAGAGAGAGAGAAAAACAAAAGAGACACACACACACAUCACAACAUCACAAUGUGCAACUUCAUCAUCUUGUUCUUCUACUCUUGCCUCUUCACACAAAUAACUUGUUCAUCAUCUCAACCAAGAAGAUUCCUUCACCAACCCUUUCUCCCUCAAAACACACUCCCACCUUCUCAACCUCCAAACCCAUCACCACCACUUUCUCUUUCACCAUCACCACCAAACCCAAACCCAAACCCAAACCCAAAAUACCCAUUUUCCAAUACUACCCCUAAUGCUACUAACACCCCCUUUUUCCCUUCAUACCCCUCAACUUCACCACCACCACCACCUUCACCUUCUUCCUACGCUACUUUCCCCGCUAACAUCUCUUCUCUUAUCUUCCCUCAAACCCCCAAACACAAAUCAUCUUCUUCCAAACUCCUCGCCGUCGCCAUUGCCUCCGUUAUCGCCGCCGUCGCCGUCGUCACUAUCUCCAUUUAUGUCUACUGUCACCGCCGCCGUAAAAAUUACCCCUCAGAUGAUAAAACACUCAGAUCCGACAGUAGCAUUCGUCUCUUUCCUCGCGAGGCCGGCGCCGGUGUCGCGACCAAAUCAAGAAACGUCUCUGCUACAAGCUCAGAGUUUCUUUACCUCGGUACCAUUGUAAACUCUCGCGGCGAUGAUUUACCUGAUCCUCGUGGUGUUGUUGGUGGUGGUUUGAAUCCUCGGAAAAUGGACUCGCCGGAGCUUCAACCAUUACCACCGCUUUUACGACAAGGUUUGAGGAUUCACGAUGAAACUACUCCGGCGGCUGAAGAUGACGAAGAAGAGUUUUAUUCACCAAGAGGGUCUUUAGGAAAUGGAUCAAGUUCUCGGAGAGUUUUCGCCGGUAUUUCAGCUGAGAAUUUCGUCGGUAGAAGUAGCACUGAAUCUACUACUUCUUCUUCUUAUUCAUCUUCUUCAGCUUCACCUGAUCGUUCUCACUCUAUUAGUCUCUCUCCUCCGGUUAGUAUAAGCCCCAGAAGAUCACAACUAAAAUCGCCGGAAAAUGUACUAACCCACCAUUCUCCGCCGUCACCACCACCGCCACCGACACAACCACUGCUCAGCAGCGACGGGGGAAGAAGCUCGUUGUCUUCAAGAGCUUCUUCUAACCGGAACUUACAGUCUUCUUCUUCAUUGUCUUCAACGCCGGAGAGAGUCUUUGCCGGAGAAUGUCAGUCACCGUCUUUAUCACCUCUCAACCUUUCACAUACAAAAAAUCCAGAUGGGUCUUUCGUUAAACUUGAAAAGACUCAGUCUUGCAAUUCAUCUCCGAAGAUUUCUUCAUCACCGAGAUUAUCAAAUGCUUCUAGCAGAAAAUCUUCAUCUUCUUCGUCAUCGGCGUUUACUUUGCCGUCACCGGAGAAAAUUACAAUGAUGCAACAGCAUCAUAACAAUCAUGGGUUGGAUCAGUCUCCAACUAUUUCAGAUGUUUCAGAUCGGUUUAGACAUUCUCCACUGUCAUCAUUACCACUUUCACCGACAUUACUUUCAUCGCCGGAGAGAGAGAUGAACACUACUCAACCACCACCUUCUCGGAAGCAUUGGGAGAUUCCAGACCUUUUAACACCAAUUGGUGAAACACCAACUGUUUUGAUUCAACAUGGUGUUGUUUCUCAAAGAAAACAUUGGGAAAUUCCUGUUCUUUCAACACCAAUUACACCUUCUAUUAGUGUUUCAGCAGCUCCUCCUCCUCCGCCACCACCACCACCACCACCACCGGUGCUGCCGCGACAAAGGAAACAAUGGGAAGUACCUUCUCCAACAACUCCUGUCGGUCAACCUGUGGUCUCUAGGCCGCCGGAAUUGAAGCCACCUUCAAGGCCUUUUGUGUUGCAAACUCCAUCUAAUGCAAUGGUUUCUCCUGUUGAAUUGCCACCGAGUUUCGAGGAGAACUCCGAAGAGGCAUUGAAACCUAAGUUGAAACCUUUGCAUUGGGAUAAAGUGAGGGCUAGUUCUGAUCGUGAAAUGGUUUGGGAUCAUUUGAGGUCCAGCUCUUUUAAGUUGAAUGAGGAAAUGAUUGAAACAUUGUUUGUGGUGAACACACCAAAUCCAAAACCAAAGGAUGCUACACCACGUUCAGUUCUUGCCCCUCAAAAUCAAGAGGAUAGAGUAUUGGAUCCUAAAAAGUCUCAAAACAUUGCUAUCUUGCUCCGAGCAGUUAAUGUUACUGUAGAGGAAGUGUGUGAAGCACUUUUAGAAGGUGUUACUGAUACACUUGGAACUGAACUACUUGAAAGCUUGUUAAAAAUGGCGCCGACCAAGGAAGAAGAGCGCAAAUUGAAGCAGCAUAAAGAUGACUCUCCAAACAAACUUGGUCCUGCUGAGAAAUUUUUGAAGGCAGUUCUUGAUGUACCUUUUGCAUUUAAAAGGGUGGAAGCUAUGCUUUACAUAGCCAAUUUUGAGUAUGAAGUGGAUUAUCUUAGG